GCGGCGGCGGCGCGUUCGCUGAACGGCAGCGGCAGCGGCGCAGUCAGCGGCAGCAGACGCACGAACGUCGACGGCCACGGAAGCACGCUCAACCAGGACGCGUUCGUGCAACAUCGGCGGGCAGCGGCGCAUUCGUCGGUCGGCGGGCGGGCAGCAGCGCAUUAGUCGAGCGGCGGCGGUGGUGGCGCGGUCGUCAAACGUCGGCGGUGGCGGGGCGCUCUUCUUGGGCGUCCACAGUGGUGCUUGCGCGCUCAACCACAACUCGUUCGUCGAACGGAGGCGGAGGCACCUUCAACCAGGACGCAUUCACUGAAAGGCGGCGGCGCGUUCAACCAGGUUAGUAUGAUUUAUGAUUGGUCUAAUCAUAUUGCAGUGAUACAUCCAUGGUUACUACUUGGGUCCUUGUGCUUUUUCUCUAAAUAUUUUUUCCCCACCUCUAUGCUCCAACGCAGUAUGUGCUCUGCUGAUCGCUGCUAGCAGUCAAACUGUACUGUUCUUUUCUUAUUUAUUGGUUGUUCAGACAUCCCGAUGAAAGGUGCAGCAGCAUGUUAGUAUGAUUUGUGAUUGGUCCAAUCAUAUUACACUUUAUUACUAGUUGCGUCCUUGUUAAAAUGGCAACUAUUAAUAUAUUAUUAUCUCUUGUUUGUCACCGUUAAAUUGGAUAGACGAAGUCAUUGUUCAAGCCAAAUAUUAGUAUUGCAAUUUGCAAGCAGAUUUGGAAAAAAAAGCACUGCUUUAGGCGAAAUAACAAACGACAACAUAGGUAUGGUUUCCUUGUCAAAAAAAAACUUAGCUAAUGUUUUGCAACUAUUGUUCACCAAUUGGCAACUCAAAUAUUAAAAAGGCCCUCGCACAAAGAGAGAGGUACAGCAAUAUGGAUGACAACAGCAAAGAAAUAUUGUUGCGAAAAAGAGGGAAUAUAGUAUAAAUAUGAGAUCACAUUCAGCCGGUAAACAGGCUGCUCAGCCAAUUAUCGAGCACAGUGAUAUAGAAUUUGAUAGUGCUUUGUUCGAGCCUACAAACAAUGAAUCUGAUGAAGGUGUGUCCUAUUUCUAUAUCCUCAGUAAAUUAUGAUUUUUGUCUAUUCCUAAUUAAUAAGAUAUAGAUAAUAACUAAUGUUCAAGCAAAAAUCAUGCAGAUGAUGAGCAUCUGGAGGCACCACAUGUCUUAGAUAUUGAUGAUCUUCUUGCUGACGAUGAAGCCAGACAAUACAUUGGUGAAGAUGGUGCCUUUUAGUCCUAUCGUGUCAGUGGCAAUGGUGUUGAUCUGAAUAACAAUGAAGAUCCUUAUGAUUAUGUCUACCAAAAUUUGCCUAAUAAGCACCAUGUUCUGAGAAAGGAGCCUAACUGCUUGUACUGUGGAGCAAUGAGAUUUCAAUAUGAAUCACCUGGAUUCUGUUGCAGGAAAGGAAAGAUAAAAGUACAUGUUCCACAAGUGCCCGAUGAGCUUAAAAGGUUAUUCACAAGUCAGGUAGAUAAUGAUGCGAAAUAUUUCAGACAAAAUAUCCGGUACUUCAACUCUCACUUCUCUUUCACGAGCCUUGGAGUAACCUUGGAUCGACGAGUUGCCACAGCGGCAGGGACUGGUAUAUAUACAUUCCGUGUGCAUGGGGCCUUGUAUCAUCACCUAGACCAUUUGGUCCCAGGUUCUAAAGGAGCUCGCCACUUGCAACUCUACUUUUAUGAUAUUGAGGAUGAUAGUUUAGCACACAGGAAGAAGAGAUCGCCAGACCUAGAUAUCAAUCUUAUUAGAAAGGUGCUGCGAAUAAUGGAAGGCAACCCAUAUGUACAAACCUUUAACAGAAUCGGAGCUAUUCCGAAUCUUAAUGACUAUGUAAUUGAACUCAAUACUAAUGUCACACCAGACCAGCGAAGGUCGCAGCUAUCUGGUCAGAUGGCAAUGAUCCCCAAAGAUGUUUUGAUAGGAGUGUGCUUGUCUAUGCUAGAGGUGAUCGCCCGCGGUAUAUCAAAGCAUAUCAUGGAUGCUAUGAUGUUGGCAUACCCAUUAUUAAACCCUAAGGGGGAAACUGGCUGGAAUAAAUUUAUGCCGUACAAUGACACAGUGACUGAUAGAGAAGAACACACCUUGGUUGAUCCAAGAGAAGCAUUACAUCCAACAGAGCAAGGUGAGGAUGAUGCGGACAUACAACAAGGUGAAAACAUGAGUACCAUGGUGGAGGAACGACAAUCUGAAAGAUUUGUGACAGCAAGAGAGUACUAUUGAUAUUUGAUGCAAGUUAGAGAGGGGAUUUUUAACAUAUUGCUAUUUAGAGGAUGACUUUUCCAACAAUGGGUAGUUGACAUGUACGUAAAGAUUGAGUCUAUGGGGCUAGAUUGGUAUUCUAACCCUGAUAACCAAAAACUCAUACGAGCAUAACUAUAUCAGGUGAGUUAUGCAAUAUUUUACAAUUCAAAACUAAAUAAAUAUUACAUGCUCUAUAAUUUAUAUUUUACGUAGUGUUUGGUUGAUGUAAUUUCUGCUGGAGAGACAAGGGCUUCAGAGGUUGGGAAGAGAGUAGUGCUACCCCGUAGUUUCCCAGGUGGUGACUGUGACAUGAUGCAAAGAUUUCUUAAUGCAAUGGCUAUAGUGCAACGUUUUGGAAAACCAGAUUAUUUCAUCACCAUGACUUGCAAUCCAUACUGGGACGAGAUUACUCGGAAUCUUGAGCCUGGCCAACAACCACAAGAUAGGCCAGAGCUCGUUUCAAGAGUAUAUAGGGCCAAGCUGCGGUCCUUGAUGGAUUUAUUGAUCAAGAAAAGGUAUUUUAGAGAGGUGGCAGCAUAUGUCCAUGUCACUGAAUUCCAAAAGAGGGGGCUUCCACAUGAACACAUCCUACUAAUAAUGAAGAAAGGCAGGAACUUAACAACCCCAGAUGCUUAUGACAAAGUCAUUUCUGCAGAGCUACCAGACAAGGAUAAAUACACUAGUACAGGGAAGGGCUUU